CAUUUAAUUAAGGUGCUAACUGAAAUCCAAUCCUCCAUUGGCCACCAGUAUAUAAAAGAAGGGCGCUCAUGGUAUUACAAACAGUGUUGAUUCCUACAGAGCAAGGAUGUCGAGCAAAGUUGAAAACAAAGCCGUGUAUACUAUAGACACUUUCACAAAAGAAAUUGUAGAUGUCGGCAAGAUGGAAAUGAAUGUACAAUAUUUUCCAAGCGUCCGGCAAUUGAGAAUCGGCAUGAUUUCAAUCUGUGGUCUCCAGAUGGAUUUAUCUGAAAUAUUUGUACAAGUCUCUUUGUUUAGUAGUAAGAUGAAGAUGUUGGAGAGUGGUGUUUUAAAGAAAACAACUAUUGAAUCAAAUACUAUCUCCUUUAAAGGGGACGCUCAUCUUCAUACCAAGACUGAAAAUUUCGAUAAAUGUUACCUUGGAAUUAAAAUAUGCAAACCGACGGGUAGAAUGAGGAGGCGCCAAACACUUGCAAAUUCUCUGCUGCACUUACACGGCCAUGCCCUGGUUUUGGAUACAACUUUUCACACGGAAGUAUCAGUUCCAGUGAGAACAUUUUUAAAGGAGCGACCAAUACAAUUGAAGUCCAACAGUGCUGUAUACGAGACGUGA